CGAGAAUGAUCGGGAUUGUAAACUUUCACACGAUCCGAUCACCGAAGACGAACCAAGAACAAGAACACCAUGCGAUGAGCAGAGAGAGAACAGGAGUUCGAAGAGACGAAUCGGAGCGAGAACGACCAUGAAACCCCGAGGGUCUACGAGUGGCCGACAGGGAGUUACAUGGUAUUGACGAUGGCGAUGAUGAUGAUAUCUACAACUUUCAACUUGCAACUGGUCAGAGGUCACAGGGUCAGAGAGCCGUCCCAGACGCAACAAACCGCUAGUCAUCCCGCUCCGACCUUCUCCUCACGAAGAUGGCCGACCUGUUUAGGAACAUCUUCCAACAACGAGCGCGGAGAAGGGCCAUCCUCGGCCUCUCAUUCCUCCUCCUCACUUCCCUUGUACUCCUCUUCCGAAGAUCGGAUUCCAGUUCCAAUGAACACUCAACAUCUUCAUCGCCCUCCAAUUCCUCGCCUUCGACGGGUUUCCACCCGAGGAAUGGAGAGGCCCAGACCGAAUUCGAAGCGAAAGGACGCGGAAACGGAAGAGGGACACAUAUAGAUCUGGAAGAUCCGAUUUUGGAGAAGAUUGUCAGGUUACGGGUAUUAAGAGCUCAGUUGGGGGAACGGUUCGAGAACCACAACCCGCACCCAGGUCUAAUUCAAGCCCGCCGUUGGAACGCCGAACGUAUAGACCUCCUCAUUCGAUGUCUAGCCACAGACAGCUGUGAGAGGAAUCAAGAGAAGGUGGUCGUACUGGCCAGUCAUCAUUUUGGACUGGCGCAUUUCGAUGACCGGAGUGGGGAGGGGAUCUGGGCCCUGGCGCUGGACGAAUCUAUACAAUCCCUCGGAUACACCGCCCUAUAUUCUUUCGGCUAUACCGAAGCACUUACCAUCUACCUCGCCGUCCCCGAAAUGGUCACCAGGAUCUUGAUGGAAUACUCGGCUUUGGAGGAUUGCAUGAAACGAGGGGAAGACGCCGAGGGGGACUUGUUAUGGACCGCAGUGGAUUACGGCGGGUGGCAAGCGGGACGGGUUGGGUGUAUCAAGAGGGAAGGGUUCGAAGAGGGGAUCCCGGCUUGGUUGAUUCAUACGUUCCAUGGAUGGGCGGGACCGGCUCAUCCGUUAGGUGCGAAUUUCAUCGUCUCGUUGGAACCUUUCCGGGAACUCGGAUUAGGGUCAAAUUAUUACAUCGGCUACUCGAUCGAGAAACGUUGCCGAGCCAUCCCUACAGCCGAACAACGUCACCACCAAGCGAUCGUCCUAGGCAAACAGGCCGAAUACUUUGAAGAAGACCUGAACAUGUUCUUUGGGAUGCUCAAGACGGCGGGGGACAAGGUCCCUCCGGCAUCGGGUGUUGGAGGCGAGGUGGGAUUCGAUAUAGUUGCCGUGGCAGGGGAAGGGCAGGAACUGGCAGAAGCGGGGUUGGUCAACAAGGGAGCUAUGAAGCAGGAGGCGUGGUAUGCCGAGGUAGCACAGUCGAGACUUAUGAUCGGAAUUGGAAGCCCGCCACAAUCGCCUUCUCCUUAUGACGCCAUGUGCCUAGGCGUCCCUUUUAUUAACCCUAUCCUGGACUGGGAUAGGGAUCACCCCGAGGACAAAUCGAAAUGGGUUUUACAGCAGCCUGCUUUGAUCGACAUCGAACCUCCUUUUGUGUAUACCGUUCGCAAAGGCGACCGAGCCGGCCUCGAAGCGGCCAUCUUGAGCGCUGUAAAAACGUCCAUCGAUCGAUAUAUCCCCCCGCGAAUGACGAUAGAAGCCAUGCGUGAUCGUAUGAGGAUCUUCUUGGAUGUCAAUUGGCACUGGCAAGCGCGCAACCUGGUAGAGGAUAUGCCCGAGGUGAGCAGUAGGAGAUGUAGUCGUCCUGUAUGCUGCAACUGAUGGAACUCGAUUAUCCGAUAGUUUGAGUAUCUGUUGUAAUCC